AUGAUUAAACAAAAACGAAAAGAGAAAGCGGGAAAAUGGGGAGUUCCUUUACCCAAAGUUCGAGCCCAGGGAGAAACAGAAGUAUUAAAAGUUAUUCGAACAGGAAAGAGAAAGAAGAAAGCAUGGAAAAGAAUGGUCACUAAAGUCUACUUUGUUGGAGAUGGCUUUACUCGAAAACCACCUAAAUAUGAAAGAUUCAUUAGGCCAAUGGGCUUACAUUUCAAAAAGGCCCAUGUAACACAAUCUGAAUUGAAAACCACCUUUUGCCUGCCAAUACUUGAUGUAAAAAAAAAUCCUUCAUCCCCACUAUAUACAACUUUGGGUGUUAUUACCAACGGUACUGUAAUUGACGUGAACGUGAGCGAGUUGGGCCUUGUGACACAAGGAGGCAAAUUUAUUUGGGGAAAAUAUGCCCAGGUUACCAACAAUCCUGAAAAUGAUGGAUGCAUAAAUGCAGUCCUGCUGGUUUGACAGCAGUUCGAGACAAGUAAUUCCUUAUAAUUACUGAAGACUACACACCAAUCAGGAAAACAACCAUUCCUGUGGUGGUUCUGGAUACUACCAAACAGCCUUACGUAUCU